AGCUAUCCGCGGACUCGACGUACCCCACCGCGGGGUGGUGCUCUGACUGCGGCAACCGUUGAAGGGCUGCCCCGGAGGAGGCAGCUAGACGCCACUGGUACAUUAUAUACUAAGAGGAAUGACUGCACCAUUUUCUUGAGCUAUGGCAGUCAAAUCUGGUAUCAGUAACUUCUCUGCAGAACACCCAAACCUGGCAAGGAUGAUUCAGAUUUUGGCAGAUUAUGGCUUCAUCCCCAUCCAACAUUGAAGUUACCAGCAGAGACCUGCACCACAAGAUAUGGUGAUGGAAGUUCUUCAAAGGAGAAAAGAAUAUUAACAGAAAACUUGGAUCUUCAGGAGCAACUGAAGAGCAUUAGAAAUGCAACUUUCAUUGUUAGAGAGAGGAGAGAGAGAGAAGCCUUGUUGGUUGACGUCACUUGGUUCAUGAAGCCUUCGCCUAGAAGUGAAGCUGCUGAACAAACCUUGAGAAGAAUCAUCUCCUGCUUCAAUCGGCUGCUGGAUAGGAACUAAUCAGAGAGAGAGAGAGGCGGAAGACGGAGACGGAGAAGGAGGGAGUCCAGGGCUUUCCCGAUCACAAAUCUCACCUCCCCUCCAACUCUGUACUUUUCUUGCAAAAAUAGUAAUAGGAAUAAGGAGGUGUUGGGCUUUCCAAAAACAAAAAUCGUAACCUUCAUCUGGGGAAGGCAAAAAUCCCAUCCACUGCAACUCUCAGUUCGAAAGUAAAGUUCUUCAGCAACCAAAUAUCCAACCAGCAUGUGAUUGCCAUCUGUCAUUUCCACCUGAAUUACUCUUUCUCAACAGUGAUGUCGCAAGACUGACCACAUUGAUCACAAUAUGGAGUCUGGAGAACGGUUACCAUCCUCAACAGCCUCCUCUACUGUACCAACUUCCUCUUCUAUGCCUUCUGUGGCUUCAUCUGUGUCAAAAGGCGGCCUUUCCACUGGAGCUGCUUCGCUUAGCUCUACAAUCAACCCAUGUGGACAUUUAUUCAGAGCAGCUGGGGAUCAACCGUUUAACCUGUCCACAGUGUCGAGUGCCUUCCCAAUGGUCAGCCACCCAGUCUUUGGUCUACAUUCAGCCAGCUCAGGGCAUUCAGAAUUUGGUGGUUUGGGGACACUUGGUACACCCACAGCCUUAGCCGCACAUCCCCAACUAGCAUCUUUUCCAGGUGCAGAAUGGUGGCGAACAACAGAUGUUCAUACUCGUACAGGGGCAACCUUCUUUCCACCGUUGCUGGGAAUUCCACCACUGUUUGCUCCUCCAACCCAGAAUCAUGAUUCUUCUUCAUUCCAUUCAAGGACUUCAGGAAAAAGUAACCGAAAUGGUCCUGAAAAAGGUGUAAAUGGGUCAAUAAAUGGUAACAGUACAUCAUCUGUGUCUGGUAUCAACACAUCUGUACUGUCCACUGCUGCUUCCAGUUCCGUGGGACAGACUAAAAGUAUAAGCUCAGGUGGAGGAAAUCGAAAAUGUAAUCAGGAUCAAAACAAAAACCAGCCUUUGGAUGCUAGAGCUGACAAAAUCAAGGAUAAGAAACCAAGGAAGGAAGCUAUAGAAAGUUCUAGCAACAGUGAUAGUGAUUCAGGCACGUCAUCAGACACUUCAAGUGAAGGCAUUAGUAGUAGUGAUUCAGAUGACCUAGAAGAAGAUGAAGAAGAGGAAGAUCAAAGUAUUGAAGAAAGUGAAGAUGAUGAUUCUGGUUCAGAGAGUGAAGCACAACAUAAAAGUAACAACCAGGUGCUAUUACAUGGUAUUUCAGACCCGAAAGCAGAUGGACAGAAAGCAACUGAAAAAGCCCAGGAAAAAAGAAUACACCAGCCAUUACCUCUUGUGUCUGAAUCCCAGACUCACUCAUCAUUCCAAUCCCAGCAGAAGCAGCCUCAGGUUUUGUCACAGCAGCUUCCAUUUAUUUUCCAAAGCUCUCAGGCAAAGGAGGAAUCUGUGAACAAACACACAAGUGUAAUACAGUCUACGGGAUUGGUGUCCAAUGUGAAACCUUUAUCUUUGGUAAAUCAAGCCAAAAAGGAAACUUACACGAAACUCAUAGUUCCUUCUCCUGAUGUACUUAAAGCAGGGAAUAAAAAUACCUCUGAAGAAUCUAGUCCUUUGACCAGUGAAUUGCGAUCUAAACGGGAACAAUAUAAACAGACAUUUCCAGCACAGUUAAAGAAACAGGAGUCAUCCAAGAGCCUGAAGAAGGUUAUUGCAGCUUUGUCAAAUCCAAAAGGAACCUCUAGUUCACCAGCACAUCCAAAACCAACAUUAGAAAAUAACCACCCUAAUCCAUUCUUAACAAAUGCACUUUUAAGUAAUCACCAACCAAAUGGAGUUAUUCAAAGUGUCAUUCAAGAAGCUCCUCUAGCACUUACUACCAAAACUAAAAUGCAGAGUAAGAUAAGUGAAAACAUUGCUACUGCAAGUAGUACCCCUUUUUCCUCACCUGUAAAUUUGAGUAUAGGUGGGAGAAGGACCCCUGGCAGUCAGACAGCUAUAAUGCCCUCUGCCUCUCCCAUACUCCAUAGUCAAGGGAAGGAAAAAGCAGUUAGCAAUAAUGUGAACCCAGUGAAAACACAACAUCACUCUCAUCCUGCAAAAUCUUUAGUGGAACAGUUUAGAGGAACAGAUUCAGACAUUCCUAGUAGUAAAGAUUCUGAAGAUUCAAAUGAGGAUGAAGAGGAAGAUGAUGAGGAAGAGGAUGAAGAUGAUGAAGAUGAUGAAUCUGAUGACAGCCAAUCAGAAUCAGAUAGUAAUUCAGAAUCAGAUACAGAAGGAUCAGAAGAAGAUGAUGAUGAUGAUAAAGACCAAGAUGAAUCAGAUAGUGAUACUGAAGGAGAGAAAACUUCAAUGAAACUGAAUAAAACAACCUCCUCUGUCAAAAGCCCUUCCAUCAGUCUCACAGCUCACUCAACACCUCGUAACCUCCACAUAGCAAAAGCCCCAGGCUCUGCUCCUGCUGCCUUAUGUUCUGAAUCCCAGUCACCUGCUUUUCUUGGCACACCUUCUUCCACACUUACUUCAAGUCCACACUCUGGCACUUCUAAACGAAGAAGAGUAACAGAUGAACGUGAACUGCGCAUUCCUUUGGAAUAUGGCUGGCAGAGAGAGACAAGAAUAAGAAACUUUGGAGGGCGCCUUCAAGGAGAAGUAGCGUAUUAUGCUCCAUGUGGAAAGAAACUUAGGCAGUACCCUGAAGUAAUAAAGUAUCUCAGCAGAAAUGGAAUAAUGGAUAUCUCAAGGGACAAUUUCAGCUUCAGUGCAAAAAUAAGAGUGGGUGACUUCUAUGAAGCCAGAGAUGGACCGCAGGGAAUGCAGUGGUGUCUUUUGAAAGAAGAGGAUGUCAUCCCUCGCAUCAGAGCAAUGGAAGGCCGUAGAGGACGACCACCAAAUCCAGAUAGACAGCGAGUACGAGAGGAAUCCAGGGCGAGACGGCGGAAGGGUCGACCUCCGAACGUUGGCAGUGCUGAAUUUCUAGAAAACACAGAUGCCAAAUUGCUGAGAAAACUGCAAGCUCAAGAAAUAGCCAGGCAAGCAGCACAAAUAAAGCUUUUGAGAAAACUGCAAAAGCAGGAACAGGCUCGGGUUGCCAAAGAAGCUAAAAAACAACAAGCAAUAAUAGCUGCUGAGGAGAAGCGAAAGCAAAAAGAACAAAUAAAGAUUAUGAAACAACAGGAAAAAAUUAAGAGAAUACAACAAAUCAGAAUGGAAAAAGAACUUCGAGCCCAGCAAAUUCUGGAGGCGAAAAAGAAAAAGAAGGAAGAAGCGGCAAAUGCCAAAUUAUUGGAGGCUGAAAAACGAAUAAAGGAGAAAGAAAUGAGAAGACAGCAAGCUGUUCUUCUGAAGCAUCAGGAGUUGGAGAGGCAUAGACUAGAUAUGGAACGAGAGAGAAGGCGACAACAUAUGAUGCUUAUGAAAGCUAUGGAAGCUCGUAAGAAAGCAGAAGAGAAAGAACGGUUGAAGCAAGAAAAACGUGAUGAGAAAAGAUUAAAUAAAGAGCGUAAACUAGAGCAACGAAGAUUAGAAUUAGAAAUGGCAAAGGAACUAAAGAAACCUAAUGAAGACAUGUGCCUAGCAGAUCAAAAGCCUUUGCCAGAGUUGCCUCGUAUUCCAGGACUUGUUCUCUCUGGAAGUACAUUUUCAGACUGUCUCAUGGUGGUGCAGUUCUUACGAAACUUUGGCAAAGUUUUGGGCUUUGAUGUGAAUAUUGAUGUUCCAAACCUGAGCGUCCUUCAAGAGGGACUGCUAAACAUAGGGGACAGCAUGGGUGAGGUGCAAGACCUGCUUGUGAGGCUCCUCUCAGCUGCUGUAUGUGACCCAGGUCUAAUUACGGGAUACAAGGCCAAAACAGCUCUUGGAGAACAUUUGCUGAAUGUUGGUGUAAAUCGGGACAAUGUUUCCGAGAUUUUGCAGAUUUUUAUGGAAGCCCACUGUGGACAAACAGAGCUUACUGAAAGCCUGAAGACCAAAGCUUUUCAAGCUCACACUCCCGCGCAGAAAGCCUCUGUCCUGGCUUUCCUCAUCAAUGAACUGGCCUGCAGCAAGAGUGUGGUGAGUGAAAUUGACAAGAAUAUUGAUUAUAUGUCAAACUUGAGGAGAGAUAAAUGGGUGGUAGAAGGUAAACUUCGCAAGCUCAGAAUCAUUCAUGCUAAGAAAACAGGCAAAAGAGACACUGCAGGUGGUGAUCUUGGAGAAGAGCAGCAUCCAUUAGGGACACCCACUCCAGGGCGAAAGCGAAGACGGAAGGGAGGAGACAGUGAUUAUGAUGAUGAUGAUGAUGAUGACAGUGAUGACCAAGCUGAUGAAGAUGAUGAAGAUGAAGAAGAUAAAGAAGACAAAAAAGGAAAGAAGGCUGAUAUCUGUGAAGAUGAGGAUGAAGGUGACCAAGCAGCAAGUGUUGAAGAGCUAGAAAAGCAGAUCGAAAAACUGAGUAAACAACAGUGUCAGUACAGAAGGAAGCUCUUUGACGCUUCUCACUCUCUACGUUCUAUGAUGUUCGGCCAGGAUCGUUACAGACGCCGGUACUGGAUUCUUCCCCAGUGUGGGGGGAUUUUUGUAGAAGGCAUGGAGAGUGGUGAAGGACUAGAAGAAAUUGCAAAGGAAAGAGAAAAACUGAAAAAGGCAGAAAGUAUGCAGAUCAAAGAAGAAAGACUUGAGAUUUCUGAGGACACUUUAAAUUGUUCCAAUCCAGAUCAUUGUGAACAAAAAGAAGAGCCUAAAGAAAAAGACAACACAAAUCUAUUUCUUCAAAAACCUGGCUCUUUUUCAAAACUGAGCAAGCUUUUAGAAGUAGCUAAGAUGCCCCCUGAGUCAGAUGUAAUGACCUCAAAACCAAACAGUAGUGGAAACGGUUGCACACUGUCUUACCAAAAUAGUGGGAAACAUUCAGUGGGCAGCAUCCCAUCAACAGCAACACAAAGCAGUGUGGAAAAGACAGACUCUAAUAAUUUGUUCAAUACUGGUUCAGGUGGUCCAGGGAAGUUCUACAGUCCUCUUCCCAGUGACCAGUUGUUAAAAGCACUGACUGAAAAGAAUAGACAGUGGUUUAGCCUUUUGCCAAGAACCCCUUGUGACGACACUUCAAUUACCCAUGCUGAUAUGUCAACUGCUUCUUUAGUGACUCCUCCAUCUCAGCCACCAUCUAAGUCACCUUCACCUGCCCCAGCUCCUCCUCUUGGAUCAUCUUCUGCCCAGAAUCCUGUUGGCCUAAAUCCAUUUGCUUUAUCACCUCUUCAGAUAAAAAGUGGAGUAUCUGUGAUGGGACUUCAGUUGUGUGGGUGGCCCACUGGUGUGCUUACUUCUAAUAUUCCAUUUACAUCACCUUUACCUAAUCUGGGAGCAGGGUUGGGAUUAUCUGAAGGAAAUGGUCAUUCAUUCUUGAUUCCCAAUGUUGCUUCAAGUAAAAGUGAAUCUCCAGUACCACAAAAUGAAAAAGUCUCUUCAGCUCAACCUGCAGCUGUUGAAGUGGCAAAACCAGUAGAUUUUCCUAGUCCAAAACCUAUUCCAGCAGAAAUGCAGUUUGGCUGGUGGAGAAUUAUUGACCCAGAGGACUUAAAAGCUUUGCUGAAAGUGCUACAUCUCAGAGGAAUAAGGGAAAAGGCAUUACAAAAACAAAUUCAGAAACACUUGGAUUAUAUUACUCAAGCCUGCAUUAGGAAUAAGGAUGUUGCUAUUAUUGAAUUAAAUGAAAAUGAAGAAAACCAGGUAACUCGAGAUAUUGUGGAGAAUUGGUCUGUAGAAGAACAAGCAAUGGAAACAGAUUUGAGUAUUCUUCAGCAGGUGGAAGAUUUAGAAAGGAGAGUUGCAUCAGCAAGUUUGCAAGUAAAGGGUUGGAUGUGUCCAGAGCCUGCAUCAGAAAGGGAGGACUUGGUAUAUUUUGAACAUAAGUCAUUCUCUAAGUUGUGCAAGGAGCAUGAUGGAGAAUUUACUGGCGAAGAAGAAAGCAGUGCACAUGCACUGGAACGGAAGAGUGACAACCCCCUAGAUAUAGCUGUAACCAGGCUGGCUGAUUUGGAGCGGAACAUUGAAAGAAGGUAUCUGAAGAGCCCCUUAAGUACCACCAUUCAGAUCAAAGUGGAUAAUGUGGGCACAGUUACUGUCCCUGCUCCUGCACCAUCCAUUAGUGGUGAUGGUGACGGAAUUGAAGAGGAUAUUGCUCCAGGGCUCAGGGUAUGGAGAAGGGCAUUGUCAGAAGCUCGCAGUGCUGCACAGGUAGCUCUGUGCAUUCAGCAGUUACAGAAAUCAAUAGCAUGGGAAAAAUCAAUUAUGAAAGUUUACUGCCAAAUCUGUCGAAAGGGAGAUAAUGAAGAACUGCUCCUCCUGUGUGACGGCUGUGACAAAGGCUGUCAUACCUACUGCCACAGGCCCAAGAUUACAACCAUACCAGAUGGGGACUGGUUUUGUCCAGCUUGCAUUGCUAAGGCAAGUGGUCAAACUCUAAAAUUCAAAAAACUUCAUGUCAAAGGAAAAAAGAAUAAUGAUUCAAAAAAAGGAAAGAAAGGAACUUUAAUAGGGGAUACCGAAGAUGAAGACUCUGCAUCCACAAGCAGUUCACUAAAAAGAGGAAGCAAAGAUGUUAAAAAAAGAAAAAUGGAGGAAAACACUUCCAUUACCUUGUCAAAACAGGAGAGUUUUGCUUCUGUUAAGAAACCUAAAAGAGAUGACUCCAAGGACUCAGCUCUUUGCAGUAUGAUCCUUACUGAAAUGGAAACUCAUGAAGAUGCAUGGCCUUUUCUACUUCCUGUAAACUUGAAACUUGUUCCUGGUUAUAAGAAAGUUAUUAAGAAGCCUAUGGAUUUUUCUACAAUUAGAGAAAAAUUAAGUAGUGGACAGUAUCCGAACCCUGAAUCCUUUGCUCUGGACGUCAGGCUUGUUUUUGACAACUGUGAAACAUUUAAUGAAGAUGAUUCUGACAUAGGCAGAGCUGGCCACAGUAUGAGGAAGUAUUUUGAAAAAAAGUGGACAGAUACUUUCAAAGUGAGCUGAAGUUAUAAUAAUCACGCUCUUUUUUUUCCUUUCAAACAAGGACAAAUGAGACCAGCAAUGUGAACCAUAUUUACAUGAAUGUGCGAGGCACAUACGUAACAACUUUUUUUCCUUAAAAUAAGUAUCACAAAAAAAGUAUCAGAAGAAUGAUACCAUUUUUAAAGGCUUCACUCCUACAACAACCAAGACCCUUGGUUAUUGAUUUUUGUGAUUUAUCAGCUAAUUUAGGUAGAACAGGGAAGCACACCCAAAGAAUUUUCAAAGGAAAGGGUGUUAUAGUGCAAUAGCAAUUAAAAUAUAUCAAAUCGCACUGAAUAUUCAACACCAGAGCUCUAACAUGGGAAACGGUUCUCCUUUCCCUCUCAAUAAAUAUCUAUUUUUCAUUUUUUUACUUUGUAGUUUAUUUUUUAGUGAAUGUAUUUAAUUUUAUGAAUUAUUUAUGAUUAAACCACAUCCAGAAUCUUCGUUUUCUGUGAAAAGGAAGAACUAGAAAAUUGCUUUAAACCUUGAAAAUACAACAAGGAAUGUUUUAAAAUAUAAACAAAGCCAAGUUAAACUGUUUACACUAAUGUGCUAUAAAAGCACCAAAAAUAAACUUUACUGUAGAGUUACAAGUACAUUUAUAUAUAUAUAUAUAUAUGUUGCUGCAUCACUUGUGUAGUUAAAUUGUAUUUCAAGACAGUGAAGAAAAAUUGACAUGUAUAUAUUGUUCAUUAUUGUUUAUAUUGUCUUGUUUUAAAUAUGUACUAUGUGUAUAUAUUGUUUGCAGACAUUAUUGUUUAUGCCUUAGAAGGACUGUAGCAUUUUAUUUUAGUCUGAAGGUAAUUAUCGCUGUACAGCUUGUACAGUAAUUAUCCUCUACCGACACUGUGGCGUCUCCUUGAUCUUGGUAGUGCCUGCCUUUGAAACAGGGUGUAGGGGAUAUUAGUUUUUCCAUUUUUCUAUUUUGUUAUAUAACUUUAAGCCACCAGGGCCUAAAUUAAAGUAUAAUCAUUUGUAUCCAUGUGGAAUAAAAUUGUGACAAUUUCCUACACACACAGUAUUUUUUCAUAGAAACAUUUCCCUCCCAUUUGCCUUGCCUCAGAAAUAAAUUUAAAAGACAUUUGUAACCACUGUGUUUUAUCUACUGUGUGUUGUGGUGGCCUGUUGGAGGCAAAUAGAUCAGAAUUUUUUUGUACCUAUGUAAGAGUACUUGAAGUUUUAUUUAAAAUAAAAUGUUGUGCAAAAGGUAGCAUUCUUUUUUUUAGGAGUGUUAUUUUUCACUACUAUGUGUGGCACGGAUACAAUAAAAGACUUUUACAAACUAGUUUUUAGUUUUUCUUAAUGAACCUGAAAAUAUAGUCUUUUCAAAAAAAAAAAGAAAAUGAUUAAUUUAAUUUGAUUUUUACAAAAUCGUAAGAGAGGAGCAACAGAGUGGGGCUCCAAGUGCACUGAAGCUGAGUGGAAGGUGGGUGGUUUUAAGUCAAGUGAUAGGACGUUCAUGGGUCACUGAACCUCUCUUGACCACAUUUUAUUGUUGGGUUGGGUUUUUUUUUUUUUUUACAUUUUCAAUGUUAAAAUACAUUUUAAGGUGUUCUGAUAAGAAAAAUGUCUCCAUUGGUAGACAUGUAACCUAGUGGUCAAUAAGAAAUUCCAACCAUAUAAAUUAGUCUAACAAGUCAGGAGCUGCACGGCGCAGCGUUCGUGAAAUGCACUGUGAAGCCUGCGGGGCUCUGAGGAGUAGUGGCAAACGCAGCAGGCCCAGGCCCUGCCCUCGGGGAGCUCACUGCCUAGAGAGUGGCCCUUGGGUGAUGUUCUUAGAAAAUGACUUUCAAUGGUGAAGGAGAAUAGAAAAGUCUUGAAGAAAAUAUUCCUAACUUUAAAAUGCUUCAAAGUCACAGAGUAUUUUCCAGAAUCCCUAGACUGUGAAGACUUAUGUGAAAAUCAGCUGUCGUGAUGUAAAUAUGUCAGUUUCUGUUAACCAAAUGUCACAGUGAUGCCUUAAGGGGCUGGUGCUUAAUCGAAAAUACUGUGUGGAGCAGGGCACAAGGUGGUGCUGUGAAUAAAGUCUGGUUUUUGUGUUUAUAGAACUGCCAGUUGCUCCACGGGGCUUUAGGGAUGAUACAUGCUUAUGUUAAUUUAUAUUAGAUGGUAUAUAAGUGGCUUAUUUGAUAAUAAAUAACAUUUGGUGUCUAAGAGGCUCAUAAUAAGAAAUAAAAUACUUACACACAAAAAAA